CUGUGGACAUCGACUUCUCUGAGACUUCAAACGGCCACCGCUUCCUAUCUUCUAUUAAUUUUUUCUGAAGAUAGCCGUAAAAGUGGGCGUGGCUUAUUGAAACUGUUUCAGGUGCACAAAGACGGCCAUUUAAUUUUAUUAUGUUCACGUCCGAACUGUCAUGAGAAAAAAUACGCGGAAUGUGAUGAACGAGCGUUUGUGAAAUCAUGUUCAAGUAACACGUCAUGGGUGGGUGGUCUGCAAAAAACAGUGGACAAUCAAGCUGCACUAUUGGAAGAAAUUGAAGAGUCACCCGUAAACGACAAAGCAGUGAUUUUUUUUUACCAGAAAGAUAGAAUUCUCUCCAAAGAAAAUCCUUCUGCACUUUCAAAACCCGAAUAUUUUAGAGAGUACUACUCACUGACAAUCCAUCGGUACUUCUGUGGAAGAAUUCCUGACACACCACCUGACUGGUACUUAAGAAGAAAUUGGCCUUACUGGCCAGAAAACCAGACGUUUUAG